CUCGACCGCCCCGAGUCAGAGAUCUAAACCUUAAACCUCCCCGAGCCGCGCUCAAACUUCCUCGACCUCGACCAUCACCACCGCACCUCGGCCUCCGCAGACGACACACCCACACGCACAUGGCUUCUUCGGUGUCCGCCUCGGUGGCACCAGCAAUCUCACAGCCUUCUUCCGCCUCAGCUCCUGCUUCCUCACUGGUGCCGACAUCAACCGUCCCGCCGCCGCCGCGGUCACUUGCGUCUGCGAUCCAGGACCGGCGACGGACGUUUGUCUUGCCCACACAGCAGCAACAGCCCGCGCAAAAAACACCAUCACAGUCAUCAGCACCAACACCUACACCUACGACCGCAUCUGACGCAAACACAGCCGUCUCAUCUGCUCAUGCUAAUACCCAGAAGCAGCAGGCCCUGUCGGUCUUUGGCGCCCUGGACGAGUUUGAGAGAAAUCUAGGGGAUCUGCUCAAUGCGGUCGGACAAUAUAAACCCGCUACUGCUGCUGCAAAAGCACUUGUCUCUGCUGAUCUAUCUCUUGGAAAAGCCGUCGAAGAAUUGAUGAUCUACCAGGAAAACAAAGACACAAUCGCCCAACUCACAACAAUCUCAAACUCCCUCGACCGCAAACUAGACACCCUUCUCUCCGCCCUUUCUGAGGCGCGAAGCCAGUUACUUUCAAUCCCAGGGGUCCCCGACUUUUCAAUCACACAAGUCAUCGACAACGACAGCGACGGCGACGGAACCGCAGCACACGACGACGGCGACGAAAAGGACAAGGAGAAAGACAACAGCACAGGCGACACAGAAAAGAAAGUUAAUUACUCUGAACUACUCACGUACGCCACUCGCAUCUCAAAAUUCACAACCGCGCCUGUGGGCCUCAUCAAACUCGCAUCGCAGCCCGCACAAGCUGCACCCGUCACCGCCGCUGCCGCCGCCGCCGCCGCGGCAGCAGCAGCAGGGUCUGCUGAAGGGUCGAAAGAAGGUGCUCAGACGCAAGAGAAAAUUAAACAAGAGCCGGACUCAUCUUCGGCUACUGCUGCUACGCAACCUCCUCAGCAGGCGACGGAGCAGGCGACCACUGCGCUCGCAGAUGCGAUUAGGGAAGCUGCUACUGCGAAGCAAAUGGGCGUGCAGAUAUGGUUCCCCUGGCCUGUCGAAGAUCAAAUGCGUCGCAGCGCCCUGUUUAUGGGUGAGCCUGAGGAGAGCUCUUGAUAGAUUUUCUUAUGAGGUUAAUGAUGGGGAUUUUGAAAUGCAUGUUGGGAGGAAAAUGUAUAUGACCUAAAGCAACACAUGACAAUGGUAAUGGCCAAAGAGCAAAGUACAAAAACACCCGAAUAGCUAUGACUCGAACCCAUAAACAUCAUCAUCAUCAUCAUCAUUUUUUGAAAGCCCAAAUCCGUAGUCAGAUUCUCUCAAUUCCUUGAAAACCAGCUCGUUCGUUUCGAUGCCGACGGCGACGAUUGAUAAUGUCCAGGCGAGGAAUCUAGCCGAUUAUUCUCGGGCGACGAGCCGCCUCGCAUGUACGCUGU